CGGAGUAUGUCUGUCUUUUAGUUUUAAUCACACAUCAUAACACACAUAAAUUAUUCGCACUGAUGAGUCACUUUCAAAUUCGCUUGGCUGAAGUGGCGGACCAGGAUGGGCUCAACAAGCUGAUCCGAUCGCCAGGUGUCAAGUGGUUCGGCAAUAUCCGUCCGAAAUUCCGCGGCAAGGACUCCGUGUUCCACUGCUAUCAGACCUACAGGAUAUUGGCUCUUUGCCGGGAGACCUCCGCACUGGUGGCCUAUGCCGAGUUCCGCAACUAUCCCUCCAUCGCCGCUCUGCCCACGGAUUGCUGGUUGGAGUGGCUGUCCACCAGAUACUGCUUACCCAUGUCCAUCAGCUGGCUGAAUGCGCUGUUCUUCAACUUUUGCAUCUACAAGCGCACCUCCUCCGCGGUUCUGGCGGAGAUCAUAAAGGACGUGCUCUACAGGGAGAACAGGGUGUGGUUUCUGAUCGCAGUGAGGACUCCGUAUGUGCCACAACCCAAGCACUUUGUGGAAACCUUCGAUGACUUGGAGAAAAUAGCCCAGGUCUUCUACCCACUGGAGUACAGCUUGGACAAGAACAACAACACCCAGUCCUUAUACAUUGUGGAUAGGUUCGUCCUGCUGCCGAGGAUUACUUACCGCAAGGCACUGGCCGAAGAUAACGACGAUAUUAUUGCGAUCCAAGAGGUCGAGAACCCAGAACUGCGAGCGGAGCUGGGCGACUACUAUAUCGCCGAGGAGGUCAUGGCACAGAAUCCGAGGAGCAUGCUGGUUGUGGCCGAGAUAAUCAACCAGUUCCAGGAGUCCGAAAUUGCCAUCUUCCUGUGGCUGUCCACGGAUAUUGACAUACUGUUCUAUGUGCGCAACUACCAGAUGGAACAAUUCGGCAACCUGGUGAAGCCAGUCGAUGGCAGGUCCUUUCACUACGAGACGAUGACGGUGUCAUCGGUGCAGCGAAGGGCGGAGGCCAGCAUGUUCACCGCAGAUGCCCUGGAUGAUCUGGAUGCGGUGACGAUUCUGGGCGGACUGCAGAGGGUUGACAGCGGUAUGAGCGUGGCCAGUCUGGGUAAGAUGAAGGUCAGCUCCAUUGGCGGCAUGAUUGACGACACUAACGUGGCGAACGAAAACAAGUUCUUCAUGCGCGAAUGCCUGUACUCCAAGUUCAAGUUCAUUCUAGAGAAACUACACAGCAACGAUUACUAUUUGCGGCACGAGGAGAGCGUGAUUAACUUUAUAUAUCCCGCCGGAAAAGAGCCCGCAGGUCCGGCAGCCAUGGCGGCAGCAUCAAACGUUUUCCUUCUCCGGUGCAUUGUGGCACGACAGGAUUUCCCACUGCCCCGCCUCUUCAACGCCAUGGUGACCAUGUUUUGCGCCUAUCCGGAUAGGGACUACUGCAUGAUGCUGAUGACGGCGAAGCACAAAGCGAGCAGGAGCUAUCUGGAGGUGUUGCGUUACUUUAUGCCAGUGGCUUCACGGCCCAGUAAUGUGUCCAGUCUGGACGACGUAUUCAUCACACAUCGCAGCACCAUCUUCGGGGAGAUUAGCCUGUACAAGCUGGAGAAGGAGGACGUGUCACAGGUGCACAGCCUGAGCCUGGGCAACUUGCCCAGCAACACACAAACGCGAAAUUCGAGCAGCAGCAGCUUCUCCUACUGCUCCAAGGUGAACGAGCGGGAGGAGCUGGAGCACGAGCUCCAUGUCCUCGAUGCGAUCAUGAAGGAUGUGCUGGAGAACGAGUUCAGUGAGUUCGCGGUGUUCACGAUUCGGUGUGGCAUCUCCACGAGAUCGGUUAGGGAAAACACUGCGAUUGGUUUUGUGGUGAUCCGAGAGUUCCAUUGCCAUGACCAGCUCUAUGAACACUAUCACCUGCCCAAGCACGACUAUCAUUUGAAUCGACGCAGGGCCGAGAUCAUAUCGCUGCGAUUGCACCCACUUUUCUUGGUUAGUGCCGAUCUGAUAUUUAGGGACUUGGCCAGGAAGACAAGCUUUUACGACUACUAUUUCAUUAAUUCGGUCGACGGCUAUAAGUACAGCAACGACUUGAAAAAAAUGAUGAUGGUCAUAGAGCCGAAGCCCAUCAAAAAGUUACCGGUAUUUACUAGAAUCCAGGCGGAUCAGAAGAAGCCCAAGAAAAGGCUGGAUCUACCCUUGCCAAAUUUCUCCAGGGAUAAUAUGAUCAUCUAUCGCCACAAACUCAACCCGGUUAAGUGGUUCACCAACAGCAGAAAGCUGGUCAUCAUUGGAUUCAGUGCAGUGACGAAGGCCUUCCUGCGACAGCUCGUCUUCCAAUGGAAUAGCAAGGACCACAAGAACUCGGAGAACUUCACCUGCUUGACGAGGCUUCAAGUGACUGUGAUCUGCAGGGCGGGCAUUGUAGAGGCGGACUAUGACAGCCUGUUCAAGUGUCCUUAUUGCACUAGUAGCCUGGGAUGCUAUCUUUCGUACCGAAAUGAGUCAUGCUACGUAAGAGAUUGCUGUAUGCGGAUUGAUUUGCGAUACUGGGUGCACUUUGUGCCCGGAAAGGUCGAAAAGGUCGAUAGAGAGAAAAAGUUUGUGAAGAUUGAUAACUGCGAAAUUUACUACGACACGCUAUUGCUAAUGUGUGACCGGAUGUUCGUGCUCCGUUGCGUAGAUCUGCCGGUGUACUCGGCACGUCCUUGCAAUCUCGUCGAGAUUAACUUUCGGCUGAACAAGUUCCUGCUCUUCUACAAGGUGCGUGCUCUCCUGGAGGACAUGCCGCGAACGUAUUUGGUCCUGGUGUAUGGCAACAACUUGCACACCUACGAGUGCAUCGCCUUUCUCAUUGGCCACGGUGUGGAUUGUUCGCGUAUGGUGUUCGUUCAGCCACAUCGCGUCAUUGGAAGGGAUGCGGAUGCGAAGGAAAAGUGUCCUUACUGGGACGAGAACUUGCAGAUGAUUCUAGACGACAUGCUAGUCGAGAAGGGAGUCAAUAUCUACACGGACUACGACUUUCACCACUACAAUAUGCACAAGUCAACUGACUUCAUUAUGGAGGUGAUAUUUCAGCAUUUUCAGAAACAGGCCACCUUCGAAUGCGACCUCUUCAUCUCCUUCCAGGAGGGACACCUCCACCAACGGCACAAGCAAUGGCUAAGGAAUGCGGGCAUCGAGCUCGAAGGCAAUGCAAUCCUGGUGAACGAGCGCUACCAGACCAAUGAUCCAGAUGUUUAUGCCGCUGGCAGCUUCAUCAAAAUGCGACACACACCCAACUACCAAUACAAAUUCGUCAGUGAGAGAGAGUUGGCCCGCAAGAUCUUACAUCAUCUGGGCAUAGUGACGGACAAGAAUUUCGAGGAUCGCUUCGCUGAGCCUGUGCUCUUCCAGGCCGUUCUACCGCUGCGGUACUUCAUCACCAAAGUGACCAUGCCCCGCAGAUACCUCCUAACCCAAUUGCCUGUCAUGAAGAAUUGCAAUCUGACCACGUAUAAGAACCAAACCUUCUGUCGUGUGGGACUAUCAACGCGUAUGCUGGUGGAUGAGAUUGUGGUUGUGACGAAAAAAGAGUGCCAUUUGGACUUUUUGCUGUACUUUUGUGGCAAGCACGAGUUGCUCCUGAAUAAGAUGAAGUCGCGCUACAAGGCGCACUUGAUUCACUGCUUUCUGAAGUUUUUCCAGGAGCCCUGGACAGAGUUGAUCAUGCAUGAUGACUUCGAGGAGCUGCAGGCGGAGAACAAGGAACUGCUCAGCCCCAUGGUUAUUUCGGCACUAUCACGUCCAAGUCGUGGAGCGCUGGGCGAAUUGACGGAUAUGGAUUUCUUCACCCUGAACAAGCGCUACAUCGAGCUGAAGCUACUGUCUUUCCUGAGGGAGCAUCGAAGAGACUUUCGUCACCAGUUCGCCCUGCCCGAAGACUUUCUCAAAUUGGACCUGGCUGAGUACGAGAGAUACUUGGAUGCGGAGGAAAAUGAUUUGUCAUCGGACAUGAGUGAAACAUAG